GGGCGGAGGGGCUGGUGGGCGGCCGGCGAGGGGAGGGUUGGGAGUCCUCGCGGAGUCAGGUGUGCAGCGCGGACUGGGGCGCUGCCUGGUGGCUGCGGCCGGUAGCACCUCUGAUGGCACGGACGCCUAUCUCGGAUACUAUCCUGGAGACGAGCGAAGGCCUGGAGGUGAGGCCGCUGCCACCGCACUUAGCCCCGUGACUCCCCCAGGGACGGGCAGAGGAAUGGCGAGCUAGCCUCUGCCCCGGCGUGCCCCUGCAGGAGGGAGCGACUUCGCCUCCCGAGAGUCGCUUAGAAUUAGGGCUGCCCGCACCCGGAGGGCCACUUCUUUCGCUGCCUGACCCCACCUGUCAUCCCCAGCGGUCCUCAUGGACGAAAUAAGUUUCUCCCAGAAUAGACAUUUAUAGGCAUUUUCUUUUUUCUUCUUCGUCGUCUUCUUUUUUUUUUUUUCUUUUUUGCCAUUCUGAAAAUAUAAAGCACCUACCGCUGCCAGGCGCUGUGCUGUGACAGUCUAAAUUCCAUGCGUAGGCAAGGUCUUUGCUCAAAACGUUAAGUGCCAGCACAAGCCUUAUCUGCUUCUUUUAAAGUGAUCCUCUUCUUUCGAGUGUGGUGCGAUAAUAUUCAUGACAAGCAUUUAUUACUUAGGCCGACUCUCCCUGCUGUGCUUGAUUUUAAAGAAAAAUAACUGAAAAGGUUAAUUGAAAUUUUACCUUGUGCCAGUCAUGGUAUUAAGCAUAUAAAGUGGAUCGUCUUAUUAAUCCUGAGAACAGCCCUUUGAGGUUAAUCUGGAGCAGAGAAAAGAGGCAGCCAAGGAAGAAUUGCUGAACCAGUUAGGAGACUACUGCAGCAAUCCCAGCAAGAGAUGAUAAUGUGGACUCAGGGGAUGGCAGAGCAGACACAGAAAAGUGGACAGGUUUCAGAGGACACCUGGCAGAAUCUAGCAGAAUUUGAACUUCUAUAAAAGAAAAGCUGCUCUGGACUUCCCGACCUUGGGCAGUAGCUGGCAACUGUCAUCACUCCAUGCGGUCAUGUCUUUGUCUACGGCGCAGCUGCUGAGGGGCCUGACAGGUCUCACCCGGAGGCUCCCAGUGCAGCGUGCCCAGAUCCAUUCCAAGCCUCCGCGGGAGGAGCUCAGGACCAUGGAUGUUGCCGUUGGGCUCACCUCCUGCUUCCUGUGUUUCCUCCUGCCAUCGGGCUGGGUCCUCUCGCAUCUGGAGAGCUACAAGAAGUGGGAGUGAAGGGGGCUGUCCUGUCCCUCACCCUGUGACCUGACCACCCCUGGCCUCUCCUGAUCAUGUCCGCUGCAUCCCUGACCAGUCUUCUCAGGAUCAUGUCCUUCAAUUACAAUGACCUCUUCUGCAGUCAUGACCUCUCCAUUUCUCCAUGGUGACAUCCUGGGACCACAUAUAUUGGUUUAUAAGGCCCUACUUGGUAGGGCCCUCCUUGUAACAAUAAAGUCUAUUUAAACCUUGAAAAAAAGAAAAAAGAAAGAAAAGCUGCUCCGUGGAAAUGUCUGCUUUCCUUGUGCAAAAAAAACGCUGAGGCAAGAAAAUACCAAGAGUCUUCUU